AAACUAGUACCACAAAACACUUGCUGGUAUGAAUGGAUGAAGUUUUCACAUUUCACAGUUUUUUAGAGGAAGUGGCUACAUGUUAAACACUGCUCAGGAAAGUGUCUCACUGCCAUUGUAAAGAGGACCCAGUUCAACCAGCACAGCAAGAUGCUGAGAGUUGUUGUAUUAGUGCUCCUGCCAUUAGGACUUGCCUCCAGUCAUGUCACCUACUGCAAUACAGAUACUGGAUACAAGUGCUGCCCAGUUCCAAAUGCUAUCCUCUGCCCUGACCGUUGCUGCCCACAAGGCUUCCAGUGCAAUACACAGACCCAGAUGUGCGAGAGACCAGUUGGAAGCAUGCCAAUACAGAGGAAGAUGGCGGCAAAGCCCAGCAGUCUCGCUCUCCCCAACAGGGCAGUGUCUGACCCUAAGAUGGAGAAACAGAACGAGUGCUGCAUGGGCAGCAGGCGCUGUUGUGCUGUAGGAUUCCACUGUGACGAGCGCAAGGCUUGUGUGAGGGACAAAUCACAGCACCCAUCGACAGAGCUGCAGGAUUCCCUGAGCACUGGGUCCCAGGGAGUGGUCAUAUAUUGUGACAGAAGGUUCUACUGCCCCCCAAAUAACACUUGCUGCAAGAAUGUUCAUGAGCAGUGGGCCUGCUGUCCAUAUCGUCUGGGUCAGUGUUGCCAGGAUAAGAUGCAUUGCUGUGCAUAUCGGUACACCUGCGAUAGAAGAUCUACGUCCUGCAUAAAAGAAUAUGCACGCAUCCCUGCAGCUCUCAAGGAGGCGGCCAAGAGAAACUGAGAAACGAUUUAAUAUAUUAUCUUUUUGUAGCUUCUGGUCUUUUGCAUUCUUUAAAUAUUCAAUUAUUUUCUCCCACAACAAAGUAUAAAGCGGUUGUUUUAUUGAUCAUUUUAAAAUUAAUGCAUACCUUCAGUAGUAGGAAGCCAGCACAGGAACUGAAUACCAAAUUAACAAAAGUAAUGAAUAUGCAAUAACCUUUCACUGCAUAAUUGUGCUUACUUUAAAGUAAUGAUCGUUGGUUGAUUCAGUGACAAUUAAAUACAUACACUUCUAAUAACCAAA